GUCAAAGGAACACGAGACACUGUUCAUGAAUUUGGUACAAAUAGAUGUUGGUUUCGCUUCAUUAUUAAUUCCUCAACGAUAUGGAGCUUCUGUACUUCCUCAUAAUCAUCUCCAUUUUUAAGCUUGAAGCUCCUGUCCAUGGAACAAUCUCGAGCUCCGUUCAAACCAGUCAAAAUUCUUCACUCCGACACCAAAUUCUGGAGCUUGCCAAUGAUCCCAUUACUUCAAAUUGGAUGAAGACGAUAAGGAGAAAAAUCCACGAGAACCCAGAGCUUGCUUAUGAAGAAUUUGAAACCAGUCGUCUUAUUCGACAGGAGCUUGACAAUCUCGGCGUUUCUUAUCGAUGGCCGGUCGCCGGUACCGGCAUAGUGGCUUCAGUCGGUUCUGGGUCUCCUCCAUUUGUUGCUCUAAGAGCAGAUAUGGAUGCUUUGCCAAUCGAGGAAUUGGUGGAAUGGGAGCAUAAGAGCAAAGUGAAGGGGAAAAUGCAUGCUUGUAGUCAUGAUGCUCAUGUUGCUAUGCUUCUUGGCGCUACUAAAAUUCUGCAUCAACUGCGAGAGAAACUGCAGGGCACUGUUGUUCUUAUAUUUCAGCCAGCGGAGGAGAGGGGAGGAGGAGCUAAAGACAUGAUAAAAGAAGGCGUCCUUGAUGGUGUAGAAACUAUAUUGGGGCUGCACGUUAUGCAUAGAUAUCCGGUCGGCGUUGUCGCUUCACGUCCCGGAGAGUUUCUUGCCGGGUGUGGAAGCUUCAAAGCUAAGAUAAAGGGGAGAGGGGGUCAUGCUGCAAUUCCACACCAUUCAAUCGAUCCUGUUUUGGCAGCUUCAACAGCUAUCGUUAGUCUGCAAAACAUAGUCUCAAGAGAGAUAGACCCUUUAGAUCCCCAGGUGGUUUCUGUGGCCAUGGUUCAAGCAGGAACUGCACUCAAUGUCAUCCCGGACUCGGUCACCAUUGCUGGAACUUUCAGAGCAUUCGGCAAGAAGAGCUUCAAUGCUCUCAGAGAUAGGAUAGAAGAGAUCAUAAACGGGCAGGCAGCGGUGCAUCGAUGCACGGUGGAGAUUGAUUUCCUAGGAAAGGAACAUCCGACGAUUCCUCCGACUAUAAACAACGAGAAAAUGUACGAUCACGCUCGACGUGUCUCGAUUGAGAUUGUAGGAAAAGAGAACACAAAGGUAUCUCCAAACUUCAUGGGAAGUGAAGAUUUUGCUUUCUUUUCAGACAGAGUGCCGGGAUCGUUCGUAUUUCUAGGCACAUAUAAUGAGAGAAUUGGAGCUAUAUAUCCUCCACACAGCCCUCACUUUAAGAUUGAUGAAAAUGUGCUUCCUAUUGGCGCAGCAAUUCAUGCAGCAUUUGCAUAUUCUUAUCUCUUGAAUUCAUCAUCAACCUCAGUCUUACUGUGACCACUGAAUAAUCUUCAGUCCCUCUGUUCUAAUUCUAUUGAAGAAUCUCUUUCGAGUUCAUCGACGUUUCGAGAUUGUUUUUAAUUAAGAAGAAAGUCUUGGAUUCGUUUGUUGUUGUUCCAAACAAGUCGGCUGGACUGUUGAAUAUUAUUAUAACAUGUAAAAGGGAAACCCAAUAAACAAAGCCUGAUUAGAAUCAGGUGAAGAGGAGAGGGAUAACAACAUCCAUAGAGAAAACAACACCAAGAAGACAACAGAAAAGAAAGAGAGCUAUGGAAUAUAUAACAUGUCAGAUUCUGUCCUUGACAAUGAACAUGGUAAGAAGGAUAAGCAGGAGUCCAGGCACGGACGACGGACUGGUGAAGCUGGCAUAGGAGCCGGGCGAUGUCGGUGGUGAUGGGUUCGGGGGCAUGUCCAUGCCCGGCAUAGAAUUAUCUGCUGCAACUAAUGUGAACAGAAGAGCAAAAGAGGCUGCUAAGGCUGUGAAUAUGAGGUUAUUAGCCAUAUGUAUAAGUGUGGGAUAGAUUUUGUAAGUUUGUUGUUGCUUAUUUCUGUGUAUAUAUACUGAAAAUUUGGUGAUUGGAGCUCUUAGAAGUUGUAA